AUGAUUUACCUCAACAAAAAUAACCUCGGAUCAUGGGAGUUGCCUUUGUACCGGUUCGUCCAAAGUGUGAGAUUGAAAACACUGGUUGUUCAUGAAAACAGUUGGCUUGGAAGACUGAUGCCUAAUUCGCCAAAAAUCGUCCUUUUCGACUCCUGGAAUUCGGAAAUACAGCUCCCAAAGGACGAAAACACGCGAGUUGAAACGUCUUUCGCGACCAAAGUUUUUGCUCGUCCACGAAAUUCUCUUCAUAAGAAACUUCCACUAUCGAGGUUGAAAAAGCACGUCUUCCAUGUUAUUUCUUGCAGUUCAACGCACGACGCUGAUAUGAUCCGUUUUCUUCAACCCGAAUGCCCAGUUUACUUUUUCGAUGCUCCUCGUCUUCUCAUCGCUGUCAAUAAUUUUUACCGCUAUCACCAACUUCCUGCUCAUCCUGAAUCCUCAAAAGAUUUUCUUUCCCUUAUUUCUUCCCAGAAAACGAUUAAUACUCAACCCAUUCCCUCCUCAAUACCUUCCUCAAACCCUUUCAUGGAGCUGCUACCACAUGCUGGUCUUCUUGGACUCGUUUCUUUGGGAAUUUAUGAAUCUUUGGUGAAUGAAAAUUCCUGGAUUUCCUCAGCAGAUCUAGUUGAACAUGUGGUUACCUUGCAUAACUGCCUCAAUAUUGAUGAUCUGCUUUCGAUAUCAAAUGUUCCAGAAACUUGUCAAGAUGUACAAGAGUAUUUCUUGCAUCAAAUUCGCAGCUUGUGGAAAGAAGGAUACCUCGUCUCUGAAAACUCGACCCUGUUCUCUGGCUGGUGGGAUCUUGAACAAGACCAGUCUUCCGGCCAAAAGCUCUUUGCUAUAAAUUCUGAGAAACAGCAUAAACAGUCUUUAUACGCCUUUGGUCUUAUCAUUCAGCCGUUUUUGGAAAGAAUGAUGGAUUUUUGCGCUAGAAGACUAAAGAAACUUGAUGUUGAAGAAUUUGGGAGGGAAAAUGAGUGGCUCAAAACUCAGGAAUAUGAAGAUGAGGAGUUGUUUUUGACUGAAACGCUUGAUUUACUGAUUUAUUACGAUUUACGGAAAUAA